AUUGCCAUAUACUUUAAAACAAUUAGAUAUGUUUAAAACACUUCUCAACCCUACUUGAAAAUAAUUAUUUUAAUAAUAAUAUAGAUAUCGAUUCCCCGUAACUACAAAAGAGGCCGUGAGCUUAGUUAUGGCGGGAAUAUAUAACUACUCUAGUUUAAAAUUUCAAGCGGAGCGUGAGCUGAACGAUGAAAACCUUCAAAAGGAAAAUCAGGCUACGGAUUUACCCUUGACUCGUAGCCCUGGCAAACGCCUGGGAAGCAGCAUUGAUCGCCGCGAGAAGUCUGUUGUGGACAAUAUCAAUGCCGACCAAGAUGCCAUUACAAGAAUCCAAUAUGUUAAUUCAGAGCAUGCCGCCUUGUCGCUACCGUUGGGGAAACAUAAAGUGCUGGACAAAUAUUCGGAUAAUCAAGAAGAUGAUACAUCGGUUCGGAAAUACCUAGUCGUUGGCGUUCAGUGGGUUUCCCUAGUCACUGAGAACCUAUUAAGCCAUCCGUUUAUAGUACUGCGUAGACAAUGCCAAGUUUACAAUGCUUCAAAGCGGUACCACUUGCAUCCAUUUACACUUCUACCCAGCAUAGUCCAUCUUCACCGACGGCAGGGGCUAACCACGCUGUGGAAGGGCGUGGGCAGCUGCCUCCUUGUGCGGGGCAUGACCUUGGCCAUAGACGACUUCGUCUCGAAAUUAACCAGUUGGCCCAAGGAGGUGGACAGUCGAACUACGUUGAAGCGAUUUGGACAGCAUGUUCUCCUUAAAUGUAUAAGCAUUGGGCUGGUUGUGCCAUUUCAUGCUGCUUCCCUAGUUGAGACUGUGCAGAGCGAUAUAGCCAGCGAAAAACCAGGUCUUUUUGACGUUUUCCGGGAGGGAAGUCUUCGGCUCUUCUAUUGGAGUUCCCCGCAAAAAGGACGGAUGCUGCCUGCCUGGGCGCUAAUCGGGCCAAGUGUUUCGUUUGGUAUAACCAAGUAUCUCUUUAACUUGGUAAUUCGAGGCGUCUCAUCUCGCAUUAUGCGGCGGCGAAUAUCUCAUUCUCAAGAAAACCAAAGCGGAAAGUUUCACGAUAGUUCGCUAGAGCAUCAAAAUGCGGAAGUAUAUGCAAACCUUAUCGCUAUAUUAACCACUGAGGCCAUAUUCUUCCCAUUCGAAACAAUUCUACAUCGUCUGCAACUGCAAGGUACACGAACAAUAAUCGACAACCUCGACAAUGGCUAUGAUGUCGUCCCAAUCUUGACAAACUACCAAGGAGUCGUCGACUGCUAUCAAACAACAAUUGUCUCAGAGGGGGUUUGUGGUCUGUACAAGGGAUUUGGAGCAAUGAUACUGCAAUUUGCAGCACACAUUGCUGUAAUCAAACUGGCCAAAUGGGUUGUGAAUAAAUUAGCUGAGCUCAUAUCCAAUCGACCACCACCACGAAUAGUCCAGUACUAUAAUCUCGAUGGCAUUGCUUGCUCGAGGUCUACGACAUUAUCGCCAAGCAUUUCCAGUACCGAAAUGGAAGACAACAGUGUGGGACAGAAUUCACUAGAUUAGUUAAUUGGUAGUCCAAUUAUUAUGCAUAUGUAAAUUAUAUGAAACAAUUUAAAUGUCCAAA